UAUAUUUUUCUAAAUCACACAUUAGCCCACAAAAACCUUCUUUUCUUCUUUUCUUGUUUCGUUAGCGUCAUUGCUAAACCUCAACCGAGCCGUGAAAGCAAGCAAGCCGAGUUUUAAAGCGCCACCCUUUUCCUUUUCCUCUUUCGUCGCUCAAGCCUUUUCUAUGGAGAACGAGGAAACGAUUAACGACAAAUCAGAGGCCGAAGUUUCGGAUGCGGUGGUUCAUUGCCAUUUCGACGGUGGCGGUGGCCAGGCAGAUGCAAAAUCGCUCGGUCGGAGGAAGGAUAUUCUGAAAGCUCUGGAGGCAGUGGAGAGAGAUUCGGCUGCCAUCGCUGAGAGCUUCUCCUCUCUCUUCGGCUCUCUCCGUCACUCGCUCUCGCAGGCUACUGGCUCUACGGUUGAACACAUGAACUGCUUCAGUGAUGCAACUGGACGCCUUCAAGAAUGUGUACUUGAUGCAGCAACAAAGGGAAAUCGAUACAUAAACUCCUGUCUGAGACUGAAUGAAGAGAUGAAAGACAUGGAUGCUCUUGCAACAAAGCUAAAAAUUCUCAGGAGACAUGUUGAUGCACUGGACUCGGUGGUAAAUCGAGUUGUUCGGUUACCUUGAUGCUUCGACAUUGACCAAAUGACAACUUCCUUGCUCUUAUUACUGUUAUUUGCUAAAGGUGGCAGUGAUUUUUGUUGUUGCUAUCCAGUUAAAGAAGUUGAGAUAGUGAAAAAUUCCUAGCUGAAUCUUCCACUUGUAUGCAUAUACCUCACAUUUUCUGGUGAUGUUCUGUGGGCUGAAGGAAGCUAUAUGAUAUACAGUACAUAUAUACAAAUAUCAAGCAUAAAAUCUAUUUUGUAUUUAUUGAUUA